AUGCUUUCUUUCAAGGCUGGCUUCCAAAUUGCAUACCUGGUAGACGGUGGAACAACUGGAGUUAUGAGAAGUGGUCGUAUACGAAAAGACACACGAGGCAAAGGUGUAUUGGGAAAACUUAAACAAUUCAUCAUGGAACAAAACACGAGUUUGACACAUGUUGUAUUUACUACUGGCACAAAUGUACCAACUAUCUAUCAGGAAAUAAGGAAUGGCGCAUAUCAAUUUGUUGCGAAAAGGAUUUGUGUGUUUUAUCAGGCUAAUAAACAUGCAUUAAAAGAACAUUUACCUGAGAAAGAAACACUGGAAAGAACUAAGGUUCUGAAUCAAAAUGACUUAAUACAAACUAUUAAAGACAGGGACUUUUAUUCACAGAUGUUUAAAGACAACCGAUUGAUUAUAGACACUGUUCCAUACCGACUUAUGGAAUCAAACGUUCCACUGAUACUCAUGGGAAGAACAAAAGCAGUGGCGUCGUAUCUGGACAAUAAUAAGAACAGUAUUAUAACCUUUGGAAGUUAUUUCAAGCUUAGCAAUGGUGAAAUAUUUUGUAACUUGGAUAUCUAUGGAGAUGUAGGAAAGGCAUUGGCUCAUCAUAUUAGUAUUCAUAUUAAACAUUUUGUUGAGCACAUUACGGAUAUAUUCACUAUUGAAGUUCGCUGUCACGAAUCAUCGCCAUUUAUAGAUAAUGCAUUGUUAGAGAAUGGACUCAUGUUGGUACCUGUUGGUAAAUUUGAUCGAAAAGAACUUAUAUGUGUUGAAAAAUCAUUUCCUCAAAAUGCUAAACAAGCCAGAUUGUGAAUGGUUUCUUACAACCGAUUAUGCAAAACUCGUAAAGACACACACCAUCAAGCAUACUUCAGAUGUUUUAUUUGAUUUGUUUUAAUUUGGAACUAGAUGAACCACUCAAACAAUCGUCUCUACGGUGCUUCAAUGUG